AUGCUCUUCCGCUUCCGGGCGCAACAGGCCGCGGACCUCGGAAUCAUCGACAUCGGGCGCACGCGUCGUCCCAAGGCUAUCACCUCCGUGGAUUCGAUCCCCAGCUGCGAGAAAUGGCGGGGCCAGGUCCUCAAGGAGAUCUCACGGAAGGUUACACGCAUCCAGGAACUCAGCCUGAGCGACUACCAAAUCCGCGACCUCAACGAUGAGAUCAACAAGCUGAUGCGCGAGAAAUGGGCGUGGGAAAUGCAGAUCAAGAACCUGGGCGGCCCGAACUACAUGCGUGGUUCUGGGCGGGUGUAUGACGACGAAGGGCGGGAGAUUCCCGGUGGUGGGAAGGGCUAUCGGUAUUUUGGGCGCGCCAGGGAGUUGCCCGGUGUCAAGGAGAUGUUUGAGGCGGCAGCGCGACGUGGCCGACGGCCGCCUGAGGAAGAGGAGGAGGAAGGACGCGGGCGAGGUGGGGAUAUUGCGACGAGGAAGGUGGAUGCGAACUACUUUGGCUACGGAUUGGAUGAAGAAGAUGGAACCUUGCUUGCAUAUGAGAGACAGAAAGAGAAGGAGGCAGUUGAGCACUUGCGUGGGAAGAAGGAUGAGGGCGGGGUCGAUGGGUGGGAACCUCUGCCAGGCGAUGCUGGCGAUGGGGUUGAAUGGAGGCUACCGACGCUGGAAGAAGUGCAGGAGGAGCUGGUGGACAGAAGGCGGCGACGACUGCUGGACAAAAUCUCCUAA